CGCAUGCGUCGCGCGGAGGCUGGUGGGUGUGAGUGAGGAAGUAAAAUGGCGGACCUGGCAAACGAAGAAAAACCUGCUAUAGCUCCACCUGUGUUUGUAUUCCAAAAAGAAAAGGCACAGAAGAGAUCAGCUGAAGCUUCCAGCCCAGAAGAUGGUGAAGAUUCUGACAAAGAAAGCAAUUACUGUCCACCUGUGAAGCGUGAGAGAACAUCUUCCUUAACUCAGUUUCCUCCCUCCAAUUCUGUUUCAAAGAACAAUGUCUUCAUGCCUUCAAAUUUCUGCCAGUCUCCCACUGGAAAUUCUGAUUCUGAGCCUGAAGAGAAGACCAUUGGGUUUCGGUUGAAGCCACCAACGUUAAUUCAUGGCCAGGCACCAAGUGCUGGCUUGCCAAGUCAGAAGCCAAAGGAACAGCAGCGCAGUGUGCUUCGUCCUGCAGUACUGCAAGCCCCACAGCCCAGACUUUUUUCUCCCCCAAAUUCCACCAGUGGAACCAAUGGUGUGAACAAGACCUCAAGCUCAGAAAGCAACUGUGAGUCCCAAAAUAACACAGAGGUUUCUGACAGCACUACAUCCGAGGAAAAGGAGAAUGAAAAGAAAGAUGGGCUUGAUGACACAGAAGAGAAAGAAGAGAAUAAAGAUGUACAGACUGAAUCAGCUUUUGUAUUUGGACAGAAUCUGAAAGAGAGAGUAAAGGUGGAAGAAAGUGAUCCUUCAUGUACAAAGGGAAGCAGUUCUCCUGUUCCAGAAACACAGUCUGGCUCUACAAACUAUUUCCUUCAGUACAUUAGUACUCCAAGCUCGCAGAAUGCAGCAAACAAUACAGAGGCAACGGGGUCAAAGUUUGUUUUUGGACAGAAUAUGUACAUGAGAGUUUUGAGUCCUCCAAAGUGUAGUGACUCGACAACCGAGCCCAACAAGGAGUGUGCGGCAGGAUCUAGUUCUGAGCUGUCUUCACAAGAAGCCACCCCGGAGAAAGUUAACAAUGUGACAGAAUCAUUGGAAGAGUCAGCAGCAGCGUACACAAAAGCAACUGCAAAAAAAUGUUUGUUAGAAAAAGUUGAGGUUAUAACUGGAGAGGAAGCGGAAAGCAAUGUCCUUCAGAUACAAUGUAAGCUUUUUGUUUUUGACAAGACUACCCAGUCCUGGGUGGAAAGGGGGAGAGGCCUGUUAAGAUUAAAUGACAUGGCAUCAACGGAUAAUGGAUCUUUACAGUCCAGAUUAGUGAUGCGGACUCAAGGCAGCCUGAGACUGAUCUUGAACACUAAGCUUUGGGCUCAGAUGCAGAUUGACAAAGCCAGUGAAAAAAGCAUUCGAAUCACAGCCAUGGAUACAGAGGACCAGGGAGUCAAAGUCUUUCUGAUAUCGGCCAGCUCAAAGGACACAGGUCAGCUGUAUGCCGCUCUGCAUCACCGGAUUCUUGCACUUAGGAGUCGAGCAGAACAGGAACAGGAAACCAAGAGUGUUGCAGCUGAGCCCGAGGUGACCCAGUCCAAUGAAGAGGAUAGUGAUGAGGAUGAUGUCCUCACUCCUGGUGGCUCUACAGUGGCCAGCGGAUCAACAGAUGUUGGUGAUGCCCCACCUACAGGGAGCACAUAGCAUCUUUCUGAUUAUUCUGUCUGUGAGCGUGCAGCUUGCAGCCGCAUUCUUGCAGGCUCCUCUGUGGACACCCCAGACCAGCAUUUUUUAUUUUUAUUUUUUCCCUCGAGUAAUUAGAAGAUCUAGCUCCAGGAUGGACCCUGCACAUCUGUUAAUCGAAAUCUGUGCAACUCGGAUCUCUGCAGUAAAGGAUCCAGAGUACUUUUUUAUUUUUGUUUUUUGACAGCAAAACUGCAAAAAAGAAACUUUUAACAGCUUUUGGUUUGGGACAUGAAAGCUCAUCAUAUUGAUGAGUUGAGAAGGAAGCGUGUGAGAGAGACAACUAUUUUCUCCGGUCCUUUUUAGAUGUGGCACAUUAAAGACUACAGUUUUACACCAGGACAUCAUCUGUCAGCUCAUAGCCUACAGAAUGGGAUUUAGAUGUCCAGCAGGGCUUUCAAAGUUUGUUUAGAUGUCUUGUCCUCCUGAUAAGUCACCUGUAUCCUCAACUGACUGAUCCUACACCACUUUACCUUUUUCAUCUUCUUGUUAGAUUUUGUUGUCUGUUCCUAUCUCCUUUCCUCCUCAACACAUGUACAUGUCUGUAUGUGCUGUAUUUCACCCGUUGCACCCUGACAGAGGUAGCAAUGGUAUGUUGAAUACAAGCGUUCAUGACUUGGCACAUCAGCUUAAGUAGAGCAAUUAAGAAAUAAAUUACAGUCUUUGUGUGUGUUUUAAGUUAGCUGUACCACAUCAUUACCUUUGUAAUAGUGGAAUUGAUUUACUGUUUCAAAGAGCAGAUAUCUGCCUUUUAUAUCAAAUCUUAUGUUCAGUGUUUUCAUGGGUCAAAAGAAAUUUGGGGGAAAAAAAUAAAUAAAUAAUUUCUUUGCUUACCCUUACCAGAUGUUUAUCUCAAAACCUAGGUCACCAUGCAACAGCAGUGCUUCUUUGUUAAAGUAGUGUAAAAUAUUCCUAACAUUUUUAGCCUGGUUAUCUACUGCUUAACAAGAGUACAAAAAAUAUUCAACUAAGAGAGGAGUGAAAGAUGUCAACAAAAACACAUAUGCACACAAACUGAACAAUUAUUUGGGCUUACAUUUCCACUGAUGAUCUUACAGUGUUCUCUUGGAGUUGAUGCCCCAAGUGUUGUCCAUUUAAUUUCACUGUGAUUAACUGUAUUUUCUCAUUGAUUUCUGUAAUGGCAAAGGAAGCCCAUCCUUUAACACUGGCUCAUUUAAGAGAAUUCAGUUCAAGUUGGCUGCCUUGAGUAGCUUGGUUUUUGUGUGUGUGUGUGUGUUCUUUUAUUGUUUACUCUACAGAACUAGUGAAAUUAGAACCCUUAUAAAGUUAAAUGCUUCUGCUUUACAAAACACAUUUUGGAUUUUUUUAAUUUAAAAAUGUUAGUAGUCUGAAACUAUGAUGUAUGUAUUUUUCAGUAAUGGAAAGGUUUUCACUUUUUACAAUGUUGAAGAUAUUUGUUUUAGUUUAUUUUUUUAUUGUGUUACAAUUAAUUGCAGUUAAUUGCAGUUCAAUGUUUAGGUGAAUAGUCAGAUCACAUGGGGAAAAAAGGGAAAAGGUAGAAAUUUGAUUGUGGAAGGUAGUUCCAUUCCUAUUAAGGAGAAAAAAUAAUUUAGGAAUGCCUUUUCUAGCUGAAGUUUUUUGUUUUUCCUCCCCAUUUAUCUUUUUUUCAUUUUAUGCAAUUCAUUAAAAAUAACAUUCGGUAAAUAUAAAAGCUGAACUGACCAUUGUAGACAAAUAUAUUUUUUUUAAUUAACAAAUGCAUAUGUUUUGGGUCUUUGUUCUAGCAGAAGCACGGAUGUUUUUUUAUUAAGUAUAAUAUCUCUACAUCCGUAUGGAUGUUAAGGAUUAAGUAUUAUAUUGCUUGAUGUAUUUCAUCUUUGCAAUUGGCAACUUAUUUAUGCUUCCCCCGCCACCCCAAAAAAAAACCUGGGAACUUCUAAUCAAGUAUAUAUCUCAUUUGUCAACUUGAGCUGCCAAGCUCCGGUCCCUCCCUGUUGAAAGUUAAGAAGCAUGAUGAAAAUGGUACAGGUAGUGUAAGUCUUCAAAAGAUGGGCUUUUUUAUUAAUAUAUACAAACAAAACAUACACAACUAAUUUAUUGAUUUUUUUUUUGCUUUUGUCUGAACAUAGGUAGAAUGUGUGCACUUUUUUGUCCAUGAUUUGUGUUUUUUUUUUUUACAAGUCUCCCAUAUACAUUGUAGUUAAACAAUGAAUGAUUGUAAAACAAAUAGGAAAAUAUGUUCAUACAGGAGGCUAACAAAAUUUGAAGCCCAUUCAACAGAGCAAACGCAAGAGGAUCUCAAGACAACAGUAGUUAGUUGCAGCUAAAGCUUUAGUUAUUACUUUAAAAAUGGAAAAAAAAAUCACUUCUGUGUUUUUUCAAAAGGUUUAUGUAAGAUUGUCAUAUCAAAAUGUAUUUCAGAAUUACAUUAAAACUUUGAACAGAAAGCUA